AUGGAAGCUAUAUUCACGAGGUCACGCAGAAAACCAGGGCUUCAAGACGAGUUCUUUUUAGAAAUUGCAGCAGUGUUCUUGAGCUGGGAGAUAAAGAUGAAUGAAUUGGUAACAGAUUCUUUAGAGAAUAACUCUGUAUUGUCUUGGAACCAUUUUCUCAAACCUUUAACCUCCGCCGGGGGGAAGAAAUACAGUUCUUGUUCAUUUCCUGCCGCAAACAACUUCCUCCAAUCCGUGGACGAGUCACCAGACAUAGCCCAAGAAAACCCUAAGAAGAAGACCAGCAAGAACAACAGAAUCAAGAAAAUCAAAAAAAGGAAUAAGUUCGAAGUGCUCUCUUUCAUUGACCCUGAAAGCUUAUUGGUGGACUCUGGAAGGAAGCAGAGAAUUGUCUCCCUUGGUGUUGAUAAAAUUUUUCAGGACUUGAAACUUAAGAAAAAGGAACAUGUUAGUAAUGUUAAAAAACUGGAAGAAAGUGGUGAGACGAGAGUAAAAGAGGAUAAAACAAAUACUAUUCUUAAGCAGAGUUUUGGUGAUUGGGACUCGUGCUGCAAUUACAAUCAGGCUGUCAAUGGUCGUAUUUGGGUCCUUUGGUUGAAAAGCUUGAAUUGUACUGUCUAUUCGAUAUUUGAUCAAUGUGUUUCAAUUCGAGCUAUUGUUGGGGGUAAGGUUCUUUACAUUUCAGCCAUAUAUGGUUCGAACGAUGGUGUUCUUAGAAGGCAGCUAUGGAAUCAACUUUGUUUAAUGGAGAAUUCUGUGGGCAGUGACCCCUGGCUGAUAGAAGGCGAUUUUAAUGUCAUUCUUAAUCUUGAGGAAAGUUCAGCCCCUGUCAGUGCUACCUUGAUGAGUGACAUUUCCGAGUUUCAAAAUUGUGUUGAGGGGCUGGGACUUUCUGAUCAUUCUUACAUUGACCCCUUGUUCACGUGGUCCAACAAGCAACAUGACAGCUUCCUAGCCCGUAAGCUGGAUCGAGUGCUCACUACCUCUGGCUGGUAUGAAUCUUUUACAGACUCUGAGGUGGAAUUCCUGGCUCCGGGUGAUUUGGAUCAUUUCCCUGCCUUUGUCUGGUUACAUAAACAUGCUCCUACUGCUAGGCCUAAGUCGUUUAAGUUUUUCAACUUUUGGGCCUUGCAUCCGAGGUUUCUGCAAACUGUGAAAGACUCUUGGCAGACCCCAAUAGAUGAUAAUCCAACUCAAGUUUUGUUUUUAAAGCUUAAGAAACUCAAAUGUGGUCUCAAGGAUCUUAAUAAAUUUUACUUCAAUGAUAUUUCGAGUCGGGUAAUGCAAAAAUGUGAGGAGCUGUCUAAAAUUCAGUUGACAAACUUGAAUUCUGGUACUGCUGGUAUCUAUGCUAAUUCGAAAUGUGAAGUUGAAAGAGAGCUGAAAAUCCUCGAGGAAGCAGAACUGCUUUUCUAUAAGCAGAAGGCUAAAACCAACUGGAUUAAGGAGGGGGAUCAGGGCACUCAUUUUUUUCACUCAAUGGUUGCAGUAGGAGAAAGAGCAAUACCAUCAGAGUGCUCUUUGAUCAGAAUGGUAGAAGACUGUAAUCUUUUGAAGACUUGUCUAGUGAGAGCAGUUUUUGAUGAGGAGAUAAAGGAGGCUUUAUGGGGUCAAGGGAAUGACAAAUCCCCUGGACCAGAUGGAUACAAUCCUUGCUUUUUCAAGAAAGCUUGGUCAAUUGUUGGUGAGGAUUUUAAAGUUGUUAUCAGAAUCCUAGUUAACAGAAUGUCUGCUGUUUUUCCUGGAAUGAUAACAAACAAUCAGACUGCAUUUGUCAAAGGGAGAAGUAUAGUCGAUAAUACACUCUUUGCUCAGGAGAUUGUUAGGGGGUAUGCUGGAAAGAAUAAUUCCCCACGGUGUGCACUAAAAAUUGACCUUCAAAAGGCCUUUGAUUCACUUAGCUGA